UGGCUAUAAAUAACAACACAUAUCACCCUUCUCUAUUCGUACUCAUUCUUAUGUUUGUUGUUUAGUCAAAUUUAAAUCAGAAGCCUCUUUACAGAAUUACAUAAAAUGGCAAAUCAACCUGCCCCACCUCGCCAAUGGUUCCGUUUGCCUUCAAUUGCACGUCCAGCCCCUGAACCAGCUCCAACCCCAGCACCUGAGCCAGCUCCUCCCCAGCCUCGUCCACCUCUUGCUCGACCUUCAUUUAGGCCAGCUGCUCCGUCUAUCCCUCCGCCAACUCAAUCUCAAGGACCCACUCCUGCCCCACCGACUACUACUAGUGUUGCAGGUGGAGGUGUGGCAUCGGUACCAACAUCGCCAGUUCCGAGGGCGCCUGGCUCUUCUGCUUCAUUGCCUGCUUCUCCGGCUCAAACCACCACUGUGGUUGCCCCAGUCACGACCUCAGCUUCAGUGCCAUCAUCUCCAAGACCCAGAGUUUCAGCUCCUACCUCCACACUUCCACCUUCUCCCUCUCCAAAACCAGCCCAGAUGGACUCUUUGGUUUCAACUGCUUCAGCCCCAAAACCAGCUCCACCUUCUUCUGUCCCAACAUCUCCACUUAAGCCAAUGCCAACCACAAUUUCUGCGCCAACUUCUCCUGUCCCUAGACCAGCACCAAUCACCUCGUCAGUACCAACUUCUCCUGUUUCCAAACCAGCACCAGUCACCUCCUCUGUGCCAACUUCUCCUGUUGCCAAGCCAGCAGUAAUCACCUCCUCAGUGCAAACUUCUCCCGUCUCCAAACCAGCACCUAUCACCUCCUCGGUGCCAACUUUUCCAGCCCUUAAAACCAUGACCACCGCUACGGCUCGUGUGCCUAGCCCAGAACCAUCUCCAAGGACCAUCAAGCCUGCGGUCCAAAGCCCAGCUCAAUCACCUAAGACAAAGCCUACUGCUCCACCACCUUCUCCUCUUAUCCUACCUCCAGCCAGGAUAAGAGCUGAUGCAGAAACUAACGCUAAGAUCCCAUUAGAGGCAGAACAAAAAACAGUGCUGGUUCAAAAGAUCAUUGAUAAGCCUCAGCCCUGGGUCAAUGGCAGGGAGUCGGAGAGAAAUCUUGUAGAUGCUCUGAAGACCAGCAUUGCUCAAAAUGGGAAGCAAGAACCCAAGAAAGACGGAGAGACAAAAGAAAAAGGCCAAGGAAAGAAGAUUUCUUCCGAUUCUGAAGACGGGGGCAUGAGGGUAAUCACAAUUGCUGGAGAAAACAAAGGCGCCUUCAUGGAAGUAAUCCGGUCUCCAAAUAAGAAACAUGUGUUCGAGGGGAAUCCUCAAUAUCUCAACAAGAGCGGCAAUCAUAAAUCCUAUGGCAAUGUGUGGGGAAGCCACAGCAGCAGCAGCAGCAGCAGCGGAGAAGAAGGAAACCCAAAGAAGGACAAGAGCCAAAAAGAACGGUCAAAGUUGUCUCCUCCAAUGAGUACAUUUAUGAACAGUAACGUGCAAGGUGUUAACAACUCGAUUGUGUACAAUUCAUCCUGCACUCACCAUGAUCCUGGAGUUCACCUUGCUAUGUCCAGAAAGCCAUCCGGCGGCGGAUUGCACAUUAAGGAACGCGGCAAUGAGCACUAAUUAAGGUUUCAGACAACGCGAAAUAAAGGAAUCGGUUUUAGCAGCAGAAGCAGAAACAGAAGUGGCUUAAACUUACCUUGAUGUGUGAAUUUAGGCUACAGUAUGACGUAAUGGGAAUAAAUAUAAAGUUAUUGAGUGAUGAUAAGGAAAUUUAAGGGCAUGGAUUCUGAUUCUUCAUUUUUGUGUUCCACUUUUGGUGGAGUGCAAUUGAAGAUUGUUCAUUGUCCAUUGUCCGGACUGAGGCAUGUAUGGUUUAAGAUUUAAGAUUUAUAAUGCAUAAAUUGGAAUAUCUUGGAUUGGAA